AUAUUACAGGUUGGAGUACGAGGAAAAGAUAUUGUUGUUCUUGGUGUGGAGAAAAAAUCUGUGGCAAAACUUCAGGAUGAGAGAACUGUCCGAAAGAUCUGUGCCCUUGAUGACAACGUCUGCAUGGCUUUUGCAGGUCUCACAGCAGAUGCCAGGAUAGUUAUAAAUAGAGCCCGAGUGGAAUGUCAAAGCCAUAGACUUACAGUGGAAGAUCCUGUCACUGUGGAAUAUAUUACACGUUAUAUCGCUAGCCUGAAGCAGCGAUACACCCAGAGUAAUGGCCGCAGACCUUUUGGUAUUUCUGCCCUUAUUGUAGGGUUUGACUUUGAUGGAACUCCAAGGCUGUAUCAGACCGAUCCUUCUGGCACAUAUCAUGCUUGGAAGGCUAAUGCAAUUGGUAGAGGAGCAAAAUCUGUGCGGGAAUUUCUGGAGAAAAACUACACUGAUGAAGCUAUUGAAACUGAUGAUCUGACAAUUAAACUUGUUAUCAAAGCCCUUCUUGAAGUUGUACAGUCUGGUGGGAAAAAUAUUGAGCUGGCUGUUAUGAGAAGAAAUCAACCUCUCAAGAUACUGAGCCCUGAUGAAAUUGAAAAAUAUGUUGCUGAAAUUGAAAAAGAGAAAGAAGAGAACGAGAAGAAGAAACAGAAGAAAACUACAACAUGAUGAAUGAAUUUCUUUAGUUUUGGUUUUUAAAUCAAUCAUGAGUCUAUAUAGAUAUGUAAGCAUUCUAUUUCCUUGUUCUGUGCCCCUAAGAGGUCUACAAUAAACCAUCUGUUUUUUAAGCUUGUUAUUAGAAGAGGCUCCAUUCUUGUAUGCAUGUAUGUGUAUAUAUAUAUACACACACACGUGUGUGUGUGUAUAUAUAUACACACACACACAUAUACACAUAUAAACCAUACUGCAAUUAUAACACUAGUUUUUCUAAACCAAUAGAAAAUGUUUUCAUAACUUGUUAAUGAAUCUCCAAUUUGACAUGGAAGAUACCUUUUAUUACUCCUGUUCUGUUACUACUAUUCUAUUACUGCUUAUCACCACUGCUUCAUUGCUAAUGUUUAUGUUCCAUUCUGUUAUAAUUCAUCAGGGUAAUCAUGACAAAGCAUAGAUUUGCUGAAUCUUCAGUCCAGCAUAAUGUGGGAAUGGCUCAUACUUAAGUUUGGCACUUAAAUAUGAAAGAUAAAAUUUAAAUUUGUGAUCUCUGUUGAACUUUUGACAGUAGAUCUAUACAUGUGAAUUGAUUCUCUAACUGCAUGGCAGUGAAUUUAUUUCAGUAAACUCAUUUCGGCAGGCAGUUGUAGAAAUUCCCAUAUAGAUUCAGGAUGGGACCAUGGUUGUAAUGUCACCCUGAAAUUAUGAAAAUAUUAAUCUUGCUCUUUCAAAAAAA